AUGAGCUUUAUACAGUUUGUAGAAGACCUGAAGGAACUUUUGAGCUGUCCUCCAAAGUCCAAUCUUACUCAGCAAGAACUCACCAGAGUAAGACUGUGCACUUGCUGUAAUGCAACGGGUACCCUGUACCUAACAAAGCAGAACACUCCUCUGAAUCACAGUAUCUCAUAUGAGACUAAUGGCAGAGUGAAACGGAGAGUGGAUUCAGAUCUCUAUGCCAUGCUACCUGAGGUCUUUCCCUGGAGUGGUGGGAAUCUGCGACGCUGUGCUGUAGUGGGAAGUGGGGGGAUUCUGAAGAACAGUAGCUGUGGAGAAGAGAUCAACAAUUCAGACUUUGUCAUCAGGUUUAAUUUGGCUCCAGUAAAUGACAGUGAUGUUGGAGUGAAGACUGAUCUGAUGACCAUAAACCCCAGCCAGAUAAGGAGAGAUUACAAGAACUUCAAGAAGGAUCCUGGGCCCUUAUUGCAGGACCUGUCUGUCUAUGGCAAGGCUUCCAUCCUCAUGCCUGCAUUUUCCUACACGUUCAAUACAGCUCUGUCUGUGAUGAUGCAUAAAAUACUGUGGCCACACCAAACUGUCGUUUUCUUUAGUCCCUUCUACCUUCAAACGCUUCACCGGUUUUGGAAGGGGAGCGGACUGAGGGAGACACGCCUGUCCACAGGCUUUAUGCUAACUAGUGUGGCUUUGGAGCUCUGUGAUGAAGUUCACCUCUACGGUUUUUGGCCUUUUGGUGUCAACCUGAACCAUGAGCCCAUCUACCAUCAUUACUAUGAUAAUGCUCAACCCAACAGAGGAAUGCACAAAAUGCCUGAAGAGUUUCUGCGUCUGCUGCAGCUUCACAGCCAGGGAGCACUUACCUUGCAUCUACAGCCCUGUCUCUGA